AUGACCGCAAUGGACUCAGACGUCGAGAAGAAAGCAGCCACUACCGUGGAGCCAGCUGAAAGUCUCCCUUCAGCUCAUGAUGAUUUGCAGGUCGGUGAAAUCAACCCGCUGAAGCGGAAUCUGAAGAACCGCCAUAUGCAGAUGAUCGCUGUUGGUGGCGCUAUUGGAGCUGGCCUUUUCGUUAGUACGGGGUCUGCUCUCCGCGAGGGCGGGCCUGGAGCUUUGUUACUAUGCUACUUGAUCGUUGGAGGAAUGCUUCUUCUUACAAUCCAGGCCCUGGGCGAAUUGGCCGUACUAUAUCCCGUGAACGGAGCCUUUUUCACAUACUGCGUCCGGUUUAUUAGUCCAGCCUGGGGAUUCGCUGUCGGCUGGGACUACGCUAUUGGAUGGCUCAUCAUUCUUCCCUUCGAACUCACAGCCGCGAGUUUAACAAUUCAGUACUGGAGUGAAAGCUUGAACAGUGGAAUUUGGGUGGCAGUCUUUCUGGUCGCUCUAACUGCAAUCCAGUUCUUUGGGGUUCGAGGCUACGGAGAAGUCGAAUUUGUGCUAGGAAUGAUCAAGGUCACUGCUGUAAUUGGCUUCAUUAUCCUCGGAAUUGUGAUCGAUUGCGGUGGAGCCCCAAAAGGGGGUUACAUAGGAGCUCGUUACUGGAAUGAUCCUGGUGCAUUCACAGACUUCAAGGGGUUCUGUUCGGUCUUUGUGACAGCAGCCUUUGCCUUCGGUGGCACAGAAAUGGCUGGCCUUGCUGCUGCAGAGGCAGCAAACCCUGCGAAGUCUAUCCCCAAAGCAUCCAAGCAGGUUUUCUGGCGCAUCAUGAUCUUCUAUGUCCUGGGUACCUUUAUAGUUGGCCUGAUUGUGCCUUCCAACGCCGACUGGCUUCUUGGGGCAUCUGGCGCCAAUACAAAGGCUUCUCCAUUUGUCGUAUCAAUCAAGAAUGCCGGUAUCUCUGGGUUGCCCUCUGUCAUGAAUGCAAUCAUUACUAUUUCGGUCAUUAGUGUCGCCAACUCCGCGACAUAUGGCUCAAGCCGCACUAUCCAGGCUCUCGCUUCACGUGGAAUGGCACCCAGAUUUAUGGCAUUUAUUGACAAGGGGGGUCGGCCUCUUUACUGUAUUAUUCUGCAGAUUGCUUUUGGUUUGCUCGCCUUUAUCAAUGAGGCACCAUCUGGAAGCACUAUUUUUGACUGGCUUCUUGCCUUGUCUGGUAUCUCUGACUUCUUCAUCUGGGGAAGCAUCUGCCUUGCCCAUAUCCGCUUCCGUUCCGCUUGGUCACACAACGGGCGCACCGUACAGGAGCUUACCUAUUCCGCCCCCUUCGGUGUGGUUGGGAGCUAUAUCGGUCUAGGUCUCAACAUCUUGUGUCUCAUCGCGGAAUUUUAUGUCUCUGUGGCUUCAAAAGAUGCAGAGACGUUUUUCAUGAACUAUCUUGCUGCGCCACUUGUGAUACUACUUUUCGCCUUCUGGCUUCUUUACACCAGGUGGAAUAAAGACCCCAAUCUCGACCGUGGAGGCUGGUUCAUCCCAAUUGGGAAGUUGGACAUUGACAGCUUUAUAAGGGACUCUGCUCUCGAUGUGGACCUUCCACCAAGAGUCGAAUAUCCCACUUGGGGUGCUUGGUUCAAAGCUGCUCCUAUGCGUAUAGUUCGCUCAUUGUUUUGA